AUGGCCAAAGAGAAGCACUACUCCUGGCCUGCAGUGCCUGCGCGCAACCAUCGCCGUUGUGCUGGGGCCGCUCUCCGCCGCUGCGCGGUGACUGCAACUGCCCGGGCCGGCCCUCGAGACCUCCUGCAUUCCGCCCCAACCCCCGGCCCCGCCACGGCUAUCCAGUCAGUUCACUGUUAUUCCCAUGGGUCACAUGAGACAGAUGUGGAGUUUGAUGCUCGCUGGGUAACAUACUUCAACAAGCCAGAUAUAGAUGCCUGGGAAUUGCGUAAAGGGAUGAACACACUUGUUAGCUAUGAUCUGGUUCCAGAGCCCAAAAUCAUUGAUGCUGCUUUGCGGGCAUGCAGACGGUUAAAUGAUUUUGCUAGUGCAGUUGGCAUCCUAGAGGCUGUUAAGGACAAAGCAGGACCUCAUAAGGAAAUCUACCCCUAUGUCAUCCAGGAACUUAGACCAACUUUAAAUGAACUGAGAAUCUCCACUCCGGAGGAACUGGGCCUUGACAAAGUGUAAACCCCAUGAACGGGCUUUUCAAGGAUUUAUUGAUAUUGCUACUUGUGUGUAAACAGUUACCUGGAAAUACUGAUGAUAACAUAUUACCUUAUUUGAACAAGUUUUCCUUUAUUGAGUACCAAGCCAUGUAAUGGUAACUUGGACUUUAAUAAAAGGGAAAUUGAGUUUGAACUGAAAAAAAAAAGUAGCUCUCCACAAAAUACCUAUUAAUAACUUUUAACCUAGUAAGUACAAAAUACUUGUUAAUUAAUUUUACAGUGAAGAAAUUCAGCAGACACCAUCUUAACCAAG